AUGCAGGUGUCACUGUUGUCGAGCCUUGUUUACCUGACAGCCAAGUAUGGCAUCCACCGAUUGAAUGUGAUGCACGUCAAUCUGGAAGAUAUGCUGGAGUUUUCUCCGUUCCAGUGGAUGGGCCUGGACAAGCGUCCCGCGCUCGCCAAGUUCGCUGUGGAGCUGGUGCUGCUCUGGCAGUUCGGCGGCACAGUGCUGGAAGGCGACUUGGUGGCGAUACGAGGGUCCGUGUACCGUGCAACUGACACGGCUGUCGAGUACAGUGAUUUAACAGUCAGCUCGCCGGUCACCUGUCACCCGUUCGUGUACGAUGCUAUGGUAUGCACCAAAAGCUAUGCGCUGCUUUACAGACCUUUCAUGGCUGACACCAGCCUCAAGAUCUUUGACAAGGCGGUGGAAUGGUCGGGACGUGGUGACGGUGACGUCCGGCGUGUGGGAGACAGCGUGGUGUGUCGAGACGGCGAGGUCGACGUUCCCUGCUACUACGUACAACGGGCCGACGCCGACCUGAUUCACCGCUACUGCCCCACUGUCUGA